CAUAUCUUCAAGAAUUUCACUUCCUCCCAUUAUAUUGUUUCCCAGCUUAGCACAUUAAACCUCAUCCCAAUAUCCCAUACUCAUUAUUGAUUCAUCUGUUUAUUUAUUUACUUAUUUAUGACACUACUCCCAGUACUUGCUGAUUUCCUUAACAUUAUCUCAUCACUGUCUCAGCUUUUUUGUACACUCAUUUAAACUCUUCAUUCUAAAGUUGUUAACUUUCGCAUACAUUAGAUUUACUAUACAGAUCUUGAACUUGCUAGCUAGCUCAGCUCCCUAUAAUGGGUCGUCACUCUUGGGUUUUGAGUACGAGGUUGUGUUUAUGGUUAUUUUGUUGUAUAUUUAGUUUGAGGUUCAACUUUGGGUGCUCAGAAGUUGUUGAAGGGACUGUGUUUGUGAACGGGAAGAGUGCCAUUGCAAGAACUGACAGUGAUUUCAUAUGUGCUACCUUAGAUUGGUGGCCGGCUGAUAAGUGUGAUUAUGGUACUUGUGCUUGGGACCACGCUUCUCUCCUAAAUUUGGAUCUUAGCAAUGUCAUAUUUUUGAAUGCCAUAAAAGCUUUCUCACCGCUAAAAAUAAGGUUGGGAGGCACUUUGCAAGAUAACGUUAUCUAUGAAACUGAAGAUCAUAGCCAGCCCUGUCUUCCAUUUGUUAAGAAUGACACAGAAGUGUUUCAUUUCAGCCAAGGCUGCCUACCCUUGUCCAGAUGGGAUGAGCUAAAUACCUUCUUUAACAAAUCUGGUGCUGUUAUUAUUUUUGGCUUGAAUGCUCUCAACGGACGAAGAUCAGCAAAAACUAAUGAAGCUUGGGAUUCAACUAAUGCUGAGUCUUUGAUCCGAUAUACGGUCAAAAAGGGGUACACCAUCCACGGCUGGGAGCUAGGAAAUGAAUUGAGUGGAAGUGGAGUGGGGGUAAGCAUUAAUGCAGACCGGUAUGCCCAUGACACGAUCCAUCUGCAUGACCUAGUGCAAAUUAUAUACAAAGACAUAGAAGAUAAACCACUUAUUCUAGCACCAGGAGGAUUCUUUGUUGCAGACUGGUACCAAGAAUUUGUAGACAAAACGCACAACGCUGUGCAUGUGAUCAGUCACCACAUAUACAAUUUAGGCCCAGGAGUAGAUGAGCACCUUAUGGAGAAAAUCCUUAAUCCAUCUUAUCUUGACAAUGAGGCCAGUACUUUUAGUCAACUACAUAGCAUACUCAAGAACUCUGGAACUUCAGUGAGUGGUUGGGUCGGUGAGGCUGGAGGGGCUUAUAACAGUGGACACAAUCAUAUAUCCAAUGCUUUCGUUUAUAGUUUCUGGUACCUCGACCAGCUCGGGAUGUCUGCAUCGUAUGACACAAAGACGUACUGCCGACAGUCACUGAUUGGUGGAAACUAUGGCUUGCUUAACACCACUACCUUUGUACCAAAUCCAGAUUACUACAGUGCACUUCUUUGGCAUCAGUUAAUGGGAAGAAAUGUUCUGGCAACAAGCUUUUCAGGGACAAAGAAAAUACGUGCCUACGCUCAUUGUGCAAAGCAAUCUCAAGGAAUUACAUUACUUCUGAUCAACCUUGAUGGCAACAAUUCUGUGGUCGCUAGAGUUGAAUACAACGAAACAAGUUCGAAGGGCCAUGGGAGACACGGGCAUCAUAAUCUUAGCAAGAGUUCAUCUGAGAUUUAUGAAAAAGAAGCAACGACAAGAGAAGAGUAUCAUCUGACAGCCAAGAGUGGAGAUUUGAAUAGCCAAACUAUGCUGUUGAAUGGGAAUGAAUUAGGCGUAGAUUCAUCAGGGCAGAUACCUGCUUUGCAGCCUAAUGUUGUGAGCUCAUCUGAGCCCAUAACUGUGGGUCCCUUUUCCAUUGUUUUUGCUCAUAUACCAAAUGUGUCUCUCCCUGCUUGUUCUGCUUAGGACAGAUGCAAAAGUGAUUCCCAGCUUUACAGUUUGAAUUUAGAAGCCACGAGUUUAAGUUUUGAGAGCGGCCUCUUGUCAAAAUGACAAAUGAAGGCUCGCCUCCUACACACACCUGGUACCUUCUUCCCGGACCCUCACCUAGCAGAGACACUAAGGUGCACCAAACUGUCCUUUUUAAUACGUAGUAAUAUAUAACAAAUCAAUUGUAUUUCCUUUCUUAAAUAAAAAACUUCUUUGUUUGUUUUUUAAUUUAAUUUCUUUGUAGCUUUUAUAUUCCUCUUAUGUGGGAUAGCCUUUUUUGUUUACUAAGAGCAAGAGCAUAAGACGAACAUCAUCUCCAUAAAAAACAAGCGCCAUUCUUCCAUUUCCCAUAUGAAAGAAAAUAUGAGAUAUAUACACAUUAGAAAUUCUAUCGUCCAUUACAGCAUUACCGCUUGACGGGCUUAAUUGUCACGGGAUAUUGUUUACUAAUUAUUCCAUCAUUUUUAAUGUAGUUAAAGACUUACUAUUUUUUAUUUGAGUAUAUCAUGGAAUAAAGAAAACUGACUCACUAAGUUGUCUGUGUUUCUUUGUUAUGAAUGAAUUAAGCAUUAGUCAGUUCAUGUAAUUUUCGAUGUGAUUUUCAUAAUUGAUCAUUUGAAAACAAUUUCUAUGUACUUUAGUAGAGGAGUAAGGAUGCGUACUUCCGACUCCUCUUACCUCACCUUAGGUUAGGCAUGGGCCGGGCCUGGACCGGUCAUAACGGGGAUAAAAAAAAUGGCCCGAACCGGCCGGGUCGGUCCCUCUUUUUCCACACCGGUAGCCCGCCUUUACAGCCCCCCGGUUCGGGCCUAGUGGACCGGUCCCAGUCGGCGGGCCGGACCGGUGCUAAACAGUACCGGUUCAGGUUGGGCGCCGGGCCUGUCGAACCGAUCCCAGUCCAUCCUUACCUUAAGUGAGAGUCUUUGUAACAAUGGGUAGUGUUGGAUAUUGUUUACUACUAAUAAUUAAUCCAUCCGUCCCAUUUUGAGGUUUUUGGUUUAGUUUACAUUGAUUGACCAAUAACAAAGUUAAUUUUCCUUGGUAAUAUACGUAGUAUAUUAAUAUUAGUAAUAAUUAAAAUCUACCUAUUCAAAAAUAUGUUGAAAGUUUUAUUGAAUAAAACAAUGAAGUAUAAUCUUUUAUUAUUGACAACGAUUUGACAACGUGUUUGGUUUUUCAUGGUGCACAAAUUGAGAUUUUUGGGAAAUUGUACGAAAAAAAGUUGGCUGGUAUGAACUUCACCACUAUCAAUGUUGAUUACGCUUCUAAUGAAGAUCAAAUGUCAUUAGAGAAGCCAAGAAAAUGGAUUUUGCCUUAGUCACCGAGCAAGUUAAUUCAUUAAUAAAUUGUUAGUUUGAUAGAUGUGAUUAUCAUGUUGUAGUAAUGCACUAGAAAUUUGCUAUAGGUACCCCAUAGUUACCCCAUUCCCUACCCCAUAUAAAUACUCUCCUUUUUUACCACCCUUUUACCCCUUUCCAAAACCCUCUCCCCUCCCCCACUUUUCUUCUCCUUCCCUCCCUCUCUCCUCCAUCUUUUCUUUUCACGCAGCCCCCCAUCCCCUCCCCUUUCUUUCUCUUUUCCCCAAAUCUUGAUUUAUUCUCCAUUUCAAGAUCUCUCCCCAUCAAGUCUUCUCAUUUUUACAAUCUUUUCUCCCUCCAAGCUUCUUCUCCGGCCUGCUUCUCUCCUCUUCUGCCUUUUUUUUUCGUUUCAAAUGGAAGAGCUACAAUAAUCGGACGAAGGGGAGAGCUCGGUGAUGUGGGGGGACAACGGAGAAAGUGCAGAUCAAGAAGCUUUGAAUGACUUGAGCAGAUCUACUUUUCUUGAUUUUUUCAUUUUUUGGUGUGUUUUCGAAAAAAAAGGUUGUCUUUCCUGACAGACAACUUGUAAGUGCAGUGUCUGUAUUUGUUAGUCUAGGAGAAGAGUAUGUUGUUUUUCGUCAUUUGUUUGUAUUUUGUUUGGCGGACAGACAAUUUGGAACUGCAGUGUCUGUCUAGCAUAAAGUGAACGUGGUUUCAUAGUUGCUUGAAGUGAACGUGGUUUUAUAGUUGUUAGAGUAGUACAUAAAAUGUGUGUGCCUUUUUUUAAACAUGGUUGGAAACAUGGAUGUAUUGGUAAUGUAGUUUUUAUAUAUAUGUGUGUGCC